UAAUUUCUUCUUUAAAAUGUAAAGUCUGUCUUUCAGCUUAAUUCUUGAAAUGAGAAGGUUGAGCCAGUGGUGCUAUUUCGUAACCUACAUAAUCACACUGCCUGUUUUUCUGUCACAGAUUGCCUUCUCCCAGCACAGCAAUUUUAUGGACCUGGUACAGUUCUUCGUGACUUUUUUCAGUUGUUUCCUCUCUUUGCUCCUGGUGGCUGCUGUGGUUUGGAAGAUCAAACAAAGUUGUUGGGCCUCCAGGCGUAGAGAGCAACUUCUUCGGGAGAUGCAACAGAUGGCCAGCCGUCCCUUUGCCUCCGUAAACGUUGCCUUGGAAACAGAUGAAGAGCCUCCUGAUCUUAUUGGGGGGAGUAUAAAGACUGUUCCCAAACCCAUUGCACUGGAGCCAUGUUUUGGCAACAAAGCUGCUGUCCUUUCUGUGUUUGUGAGGCUCCCUCGAGGCCUAGAUGGAAUCCCUCCCCCUGGGCAGUCGGGUCUUGCUGUGGCCAGUGCCCUGGUAGACAUUUCUCAGCAGAUGCCAAUAGUAUACAAAGAGAAGUCAGGAGCUGUGAGGAACCGGAAGCAGCAGCCCCCUGCCCAGCCUGGAACCUGCAUUUGAGGCUGGGCCCAGGGACUCUCCUGCGCGCAUGCCCAAGUGUGUGGCACACCGGAGCCAUCGGCAGGGGAGGGCCAGGCGGGGAAGUGACUGUGCAGUGCAGGCCGAAGACUGGAAACCCUCAAAGCAUCUGACUCAUCUGCAUGAUCACAAGCUUUUUUUGACGGUUUCUCCCAUCCGUGUUCCAGCAUCUAACCUUUGACUUUUGCAUAGGAAAUUGAUUUAAAAACAGGUCCAGGGAUGAUCUGAUUGUUGCUGGAGGAGACCGGUGUAGAGCCAGUGAGAACGCUAGGAAUGACAGUCAGGUUCACGUGUGGAAACUGUUCUUGGGACUGUCUCAGCUGUGCAAAAAACAAAUGAUGGCGUGUUUACAGGUAGACAUUUGUCAUCAGGUGUUCUUGAACAUGGUCUUUUAAAAACUAGUCAGAUGAACUAACUUGUUUUCAUCUGAAGCCUGUUAUCUUUUUUUAAAGACGUGCUAUUUAUUCUUGCACAAUUUAGGCAUAUAUCUCUCUUCCAGGGAGUAGCUUUUUUCUAGUAGAGAAUUAAUAAUGGUCCAUCUCUUUUGAAUCAUAUCAAACUAGGAUAGAAGGGGGCUAUUUUAAAUGUCAAGGUCAGCAGUGUUACUUAGAAUGUAAACUGAUGUAAUAGGUAGUUUUCUAUAGCGACUUAAUUUAGUCUUAAUCCACUUGAAAUUCUCUUUCUUCCUCCCUUUUUCUCUCCCUCCCUACCUCUCCCCUCCACACACACACACUAACACACACUAAGUGCCUAGACUUCAAAUAGAUCUAGCAAUUGGAAAGUUAAUAAGCCUGAGUUUUUACAUAGUUGCAUUCCUACAUUCUUGUAAAAUUUAAAUAGCUACCAUUGGCAAUCUCAUCUUUUUCUAAAAUCUAAUUUGCAGCCAGGAAAGAAUUUUCUCACCCCAAGGAACAUUUGAUCUAGCAGCAGGGACUGAGAGGAAAGCAGAAAUAAACUGUGAAAGCUUCUGUUUUUAUUGUCUAAAAAGACACUGUCAAGAAGGCUCAGUCCCCAAGCGCCCUCCCACCCCAUCACCCCCUGUCACUCUAGGCCUGAUAUUUGAUUGGCCCUCUGGCCUCCUCCUGCCAGGGUACCACAGAGGGACUCACUCAUGUCACAUGUCUCCUUUGAGCAGAAAAGAGCAUCAAGAGCACUUGGGAUCCCUGAAUCAGAGUGACUCUGUGUUCCUGUAGCCUGUUGUGAACUUGCGGGUUAUUCUCUGUCUGGGGAUGGAAUCAGAUGUCAGGAGAGGGACAGCCUCCUGUUAUUGGGCAGAACCUGCUGAAAGCCUGGAGAAGGACCUGGAGCUGUUUGCUCCCUUUCCCCCAGGAGGGGCUCGGCCCACGCAUCCUCCUUCCCAGACCCAUUGGUGGCUACGAGGAGGGCAGUGAACACUAAGGGUGAAGGGCACAUGGAAAAAAUAGGCAAGGAAGGAAAACUACUAAAUGGAAAAUGACCAAAUUUAAGAGGGGUGGAACGGUUCCCUGCUCUUAUCCCACAGGGCACUGCCUGGAUGUUAUGUUUUCCCCAUUUAUGGUGCUCUGUAUUGUGGCAUUAUGCAGCAGCCUCCCAAGGUCUCUCUUCUACUUCAAAGCCUGGGAUUAUAUGGCAUUACCCUAUUGGGAUGGACCUCUGGACAGCAGUUCUCAAGUUUAUGAAUUUGAAGAAAUUAAUACUAAAAGGAAAAACUGUGGCAUUUCAUCUUUGAAUGCAGUGCCUGGAGAGGGAGCAUUAUCUCUUCCCCAACACAAUAACCCCACUCCCAUGAAGAACUGCCUGGAAAGAUGUUUUCGAGGAAGCUGAAUUAUAAAACACUGAUGCACAAGACACCUCUACUCGAGACUCACCUUUCAAAAAGCUUCUUUUUCACAUCAUUGUUAAAGAGCAGACACUUCUAGUAAAGACCCCAGAACGCAGCACCCACAGAGAGCCUUUAGUGGAUGGGCUCUUCACCCCUGUAACUACUGUGAGGCCUCUGGACAAAGGAGGAGGGAGGCCAUUGAGGACUGUCCUCCUACCAGGAAGAUCUUCCUUGUUUGUUCAAGGGGCCAGGUUUUACUUGGCCAAAGAAGACUCUUCCCCUUGUUAGUCCCAUGCCUUGAAAUAACAUGCACCAUGACCCACAGCCACCUGGUUAUGUCUUUUUGGUUUUUUCCUAAAAGAUAAUGUUUAUUUUUUAAAAGAAAGGAAGGAGUAAGUGAAGUUUAAUUCUGCUCCAACAAUGGAGAAACAGCUGAAUCCACCUGCUUCUCCUUUGCAGCCAACAGCAAAUAGCUUCCUCCAGGCUCGAGGCAGAAGAAGGGGUGGCAAGGGAGGAAGAGGAGCUCAGCUUAGGUCCAGUCACUAAAAGGGAAUGGGCCAUCAUAGGUCCAGUCACCAAAAGGGAAUGGGCCAUCAUCUGGUAACUGUGUCACAGGAGAGCCUGUAUAUAAAAUAAUCAUGGAAACAUUGAUCUUGCACUUGUACAUAACUAUACAGUAGUGUCCAGAAUGUUCACACAUUCGGAGUGUACAUAAAACAGAAAAAUAUCUUAAUGUAUUUUUAUCAAACAUAACUAUGUCUAAGUUUCACCUAAUAUGUUUUUGUGCCAUAUACUGAAUAUCUAAGUUCUGAGAAGUCCUCUCAUCAGGCCCUGAUAUGUUAAUAACAAAGCCUGGAAAUACAUCCCCAUGGCGUUGAUGUGUUCAGUGCAUCUGGUACCAAUUAGAUAACUCUGAAACAGGACUCACCUAUCAGAAUGCAAAUGAAAAGUCAGGCGGUGAAUCUCUUUAAACAACAGUGUGUAUAAGGAGAUUCAAGGAAGCAGGAGUCUCUGCAAGCUUAUCAUGAAUCUUUCCGGCAGUUUCUUGGUACUCUUGGUGGCAAAGGAUGACCUCUCACAUCCUGAGAAAUGUUUUUCUUAGUCUUUGAGUUCAAAGACUAUAGCCUGUGGAAAUUAGACUUUCCAAAGAGGGGUUCUCCAGGCUGCAUUUUGUCGUGAUUUUCUCUCCAUUUUGAAUGACCAUUUCCCAGGACUAUAGUUUAUUAUCCUGAAAACUGGGGGUGGGAGUGGGGAGGCUAGUUUUUUGAUAAAUAGCUCCCAUUUCCUCAUGGAGAAUUGCACACACCUUGGAUUCCUGUCCACCUCCCCCGUCUCUCUCCACACAACUUGGGGAGAAGCCUGUGCUUUCCUCUGAGGAUCACCGGUAAAGGUGGGAGGAGGUGAGAGAAUGCAACGCAUACUCCCCUGAGCUAACCCAGAGGCAAGGAAGUGCUGAACAGAAGGCUGUCAGCAGAAGAAAGUACUAUAUCUGUGGGUGAGAUGCAAGAUUAGAGACACACUAGGAAAUCUGGGGUAAAAAAUUGGUAGGAAAACAACAUUUUACCUUCCAGUGCAAAUCUUGCUCUUUCAGCUUAAUGGAGUGUAUUGGAGGUAGGGAGUGGAGGAUUUACUUCCUUGGGUGCUGUCAUUUUCAUGAACCCCCUUGAUCCAUUCAUUCAACAGAUAUUUACUAAACACUUACUAACUUAAGCCAGUGCUGUGGCAGUGACUCAGAAGUAAAAGCUGCUCUGUAGAAAUAACAAUAAAAUCUAACUCCUCACACCCCUGCCAUCAGAUCUUUCCUCCUGCGGAACCAGAAGGUAGAGGCCUCCUGUCCUCAGGGUAUGCCUUGGCUCCCGUCUGAAAUGUUUAUCCCAUUGACCAAACUUGGCUCCAACCAUAAAGAACACCAUGAUGGUUUCAAAUAGCCAGGCCCACCAAAAGACAUGGCCCUCGAUGAGUCGAGUUGCUCAGAUUCUCGAACACCCUUCCUGAAGGGAGAUGCUUUGGAAUGGAGACGAGAACUGGCGCCUUCUCUUUUCAGGCAAUAAUGGAAUCAACUUUCAGUAACUGAACUUGUGCACAAAAAUUCUAAACACUAGUGAAGCCUGUUUCGUUGAACUAAUUCUGGCUCUGGAAAUGUUUUCGUUUUAUAGUUAUUUACAGUUUUUUUUCUUGUUGUUUGUUUGGAUUCAAGCUUAGUUUGUUAAUAUGUAUAAUUCAGCAUCUCUUGCACUCAUGUAAAUAUGGAGUAAGUAUUGUAAACUAUUCCAUUGCUGGGGAUUGUGGGUGUUAUACAUACAUUUAGGACUGCAAUUUUUUGGUAUUUUUUGUAUUGUAAAAUAACAGCUAAUUUAAGCAGGAACAGAGAAUUAAGGGAGGUCUGUGCAUUUUAAACACAAAUGUGAAGAACUUGUAUAUAAACAAAAGUAAAUACUAUAAUACAAACUUCCUUCUGAAAUAAAAGUAGAUCUGGUAAAAA